GGAUUUUUGUUAUGUUAUAUCGAGUAUAUGAUCUCUCAUUCUCCUCUACAAAUUUGUUAUUUUCUCAGCAUUUCAAACAAAUCAUCAUUUCAAUACAUUGCAUAUAAUCUAUCUACAUCUUCUACUCCCUCAAUCUACACGAUAUUCAAAUGUCAUCAUCAUUCGAAAACGGCGCACUUUACAUAAUCCUCAAUACGCGGGGUCAACCUGGAACAUUCCACUGGGGCAUAUUUCUUCCACUUUUGGGAGUAAGAGGAUGGUACUAUAAUGCAACGAACAAAUCUGGCGGCUGGACACUUGAAGUGGAAUUAACCAACGACAUUCAAACCUCCAGGCCCAUCGUCCUUGCCUCCAAACUUGGCUUUGUAUCCUCUGAGGCGGCUUUGGAUCAAGCCUUACGAGCUAUCACAGACUUUGGCCCAAUAUCUAAGCGGACAGGUGAAACUUUCAGUUGCAGAACUUGGAUGAAGGAUAGUAUUGUUACGCUCCAUGACAAGGGUAUUGUAACCUUGCCAACUGAUAUUGGUGAGGCUUUCGAUGAAGCGACCCCACUGGAGUCUGGUAUCGAAUCGGGAACAGGUGGUUUGACCAUCAUGGAUGGCACUAUCUAGUCUUGGAGAAGUUUUUGAAAGUGCGCUUACAUCUGCAAUCUGUUUCGGGGCUCUGGGUUUUUUAAUCCAGUUUUUGCAGUUCUUUUGUCGUUCUCAUUUUUGCUCAUAUGUUGAUUAGACUGUACGAGCAUUAGGGAAUUUUAAUUUUUAGUAUCUUCAAUUUUGAUUGGGUGUACAAGGGAUUAUGUAGUUAGCAAAUAUAUACAGCA